AUGGCAGCAGUGGCGCGGGCCUCGCUGCAGGCCCCAGCGCCAGCGGGUGUGCCCCUAGUUAUCGACGGCAGCGAUGAGGACGAGGAGGGCGGUGGCGAAAGGGAGCACGAGGCCGAGCUUGAGUACCUCGGGCAGUUCAAAAGCCAGAUCGUCGGCAUCAGAUACUACGAGGGCACGGUGGGCCGCAACGAGAUGGUCAAGUUUGUGCGCGAGCCAUCAAACCCGUACGACGCCAACGCGGUGCGUGUGGAGAACAUCCGCAGCGAGAAGGUGGGCCACCUGCGGCGGGAGCUGGUGGCGGAGAUUGCGGCGCUCAUGGACGGCGGGCGGCUGGUGAUUGAGGGCAUGAUGACUGGGACCGGCAAGGGCGUCUACACCAUGCCCAUCACGAUCUUCUGCUUCGGCCCGGAGCCCAGCGUGGUGCCCCAGCUGGCGCGCCGGCUGUCCAGGGCCAACUGCCAGCUCAGCGGCGACUCCUUUGACGGCGCGGACAGCUCCGGCGCGCUGGGCCGCGGCGGGCGGCGCGGCAGCGGGGCGGGCGUGCCCAACGUGACCUCGAAGAUCCUGAGUGCAUCCCAGAUGGAGACGGCGCUCGACAAGAUGUUCGAAGGUGGUUCAGGGUUGUGGGAUUGA